CGUCGUGCCCUUCCCUGACCAUUGCUCGUCGGGUGAGCUUUGUGCAAACCCACCUCCAUAUAACUGCCACCCAACUUGGUUUCAGCAUGUCGUCACUGCAGGCCCCUUUUCAGCCCUUGUUCCUGCUUGAUCCCCUGGCCAUGGACGUAAUUUCCUUCGACGCAGAUGACACCUACAGCAUGAGAUCUACUCCAAUGGAAUCCGGACCAUCACCUGGCGAAGUACUUCAAGGAAGACGACUACGGACAAUGUUGCCCGACGUCCAGCCCUGCCCAGGCCGCAGCGUACAGAAGCAUCGUCAGACCGACCGUUGCAGCCGACGACUACCACCACUCAACCCCCGAGACACGGUACGCAUCAAAGAAGGGGAGUGGGCCACCAAAGGUCAAGUCGUUCAAGCUGCGACAUAUCCCCGGUCGUAUAAAAUAAUCACUGAAGACGGCACAUUCCUGCGGCACAAUCGGCGACAUCUGCUGCCUACAAGAGAAGCUUUUCGACAAAGAGGACUUUGUGACUCCGAGGAAGACCUCCGUCAAGGGGCUGACGGAAGACCUUCACCAUACAGCAGCAACAGUGCCGCCGAGUCACCGGCCACAACUGGCCGCAUUCCCGCCUCAUCCAACGCUCCUGCAUGCUUGCAGCAGAACCAAGAACCUGCGUUCAGAAGGUCAACGCGAGAGCGAAGGCCCCCACAGAGGCUUACUUAUAAUCGAAGCUUUGUGCAAGUUCCCUAAAUAGCGUGCUCAAUGUUCGUUUCUACUAAUGUUCUUUCCUGUGUUUCUUUUAUCCUC